AUGGAUCCGAACGCCGAGGUCGACUUCGACUUCUCGCCGUUCCUCAUCCGCUACAAGAGCGGCCGCGUGCGCCGCCUCAUGGGCACGUCCAGGGUCGACGCCGGCGCGGACGCCGCCUCGGGGGUCACCUCCCGGGACGUCGCUAUCGACUCCGGAGCUGGCCUCGCCGCGCGGCUCUACAUACCGAGCGACGUCCUCGGUACGCCCGAGAAGCUGCCCCUCCUCGUCUACUUCCACGGCAGCGCCUUCGCGGUGCACUCGGCCUUCUCCGGCGCGCAGUCCCGCUUCCUGAACGCUCUCGUGGCGGCGGCCCGCGUGGUGGCCGUGUCCGUGGACUACCGCCUCGCGCCCGAGCACCCGGUGCCCGACGCCUACGACGAUGCCUGGGCCGCGCUCGGCUGGGCCGUGGUGAGCUGCUCGGGGCCGUCCGGCUCCCGACCGGACACGGCGGACACGGAGCCGUGGCUGGCGGAGCACGGCGACGCCACGCGCCUCUUCGUCGCGGGCAACAGCGCCGGCGCCAACAUCGCCCACAUUGUGACGCUGAGGGCCGGCGGCAGCGGGUUGCCUGGCGGAGCGAGGAUCGAGGGGAUGGUGCUCCUGCACCCGUACUUCCGCGGCGGGGAGCUGUUGCCGUCGGAGGCAGUGGCGGAUCCAAAGGGGGGCUCAGGCUCCACCCCUAAUGUCUUGAUUUCAAGCCUAAUCAAUGUAGCAAAAGCUUGAUUUCACCAUUAAAUCUUCAUGUAAAUCAACAUCUCCAUUGUUUUAGCCCCCCCUUAUCCUGCAUCGUGCAUCCGCCACUGGUCGGAGGGCACGGACCCCACGUUCCUGCAGAGGGUGCAGCGGGCAUGGGGCUUCGUGAGUGGUGGGCAGUACGGGAUCGACCACCCUUUCCUCAAUCCUCUGGCUUUGCCGAUGGAGGAGUGGACGAAGCUCGGCUGCCGGCGUGCUCUGGUGACCGUGGCUGAGCUUGACACGAUGAGGGACAGAGGCCGGCGGUACGUCGACGCGCUGAGGGGAAGCGCGUGGGCGGAGGAGGAGGCUGUGCUGAACGUCUAA